AUAGUCCAGUACGUUGCCAGGGUUGAGGAUGGGCACCCAGCCACUAUCAACCCACGAUAUCCCCAGGAGGUUGUUGUCUAGAAGGAGCAGCAGCCAGGUGGGCGACACACAUCUCUGCUUGCCUGGCAGAUAUCCCAGCUUGGAUGUCGACCCACCACCUCAAGCUCAACCUCGACAAGACAGAGCUGCUCUCCCUCCCGGGGAAGGCCUGCCUGCUCAAAGUCCUCAUGUCACCCCGCUCCUCUACACACUCCACCUGCGUUCUGUCGAAUCUCACAUCCACUACAAGACCAUGGUGCUUACCUAAUGAACAGCAAGAGGAACUGCCCCUCCUUACCGAAAGCACCUGAAACCCUACCUCUUCAAAGAGUAUCUUAAAUAAUCCCUCCCCUUCUAGCUCUGACUUUGUUGAUAACUACUUCAUUGAGUAAAAGUGUACUUGUUAUGUCUUUGAUAUGUGGUUGUCCCACCUAGCUAUCUUAAAAUGAAUGCACUAACUGUAAAUCCCUCUGGUUAAUAUUGUCUGAUAAAUGUGUACAUCGUCAAUGUAAAAUGAGGUAGGCUACAGAGAGGGGUAUGCAGACAUAAUCUCUCAGGCUGUCACCUACUGACGGGUCGAGUUCAGGCCCUCUCAGGCCCUUUAUCACUCAGGCCCCCCUAGCAGUAUAGUUAUGGGCCACCAUCAUCAUCAUCACCACCAUCACCACUGUUGCAGAGGUUCCCAAUUACAUUCAACCCUGGGACGAUUUUUCCUUGGGCGGAUGGUAUCAGGGGGACCGGAACAGAGUUAUAAAUAAUGUGUACAUUGCAAAUUGACUGCAAUAAUCCCAAACAGAUAAAGUAUUUGACAAAAACAGAACAGAAUUUCAAACCUUUCUUACAGUGAGAUACGAUCACAUAUGCCUGUCUAUUUAUUCGUGGGAAUAGGCCUACUUGGGAACAGAUUCAAAUCACCUUGAGUCGAUUUCCUGGUGAUUUUACAGUAUUUUAUGUCCAACAACGAAAUGUAAAGAUUUAUGUAUUGAUUUUUGCUCAGAAAAUAAAACCCUCGGGCCGCCUGCAAGGGAACAAUGCUCUAUUCAGGCUACAAGCUCUGAAGCGAGAUGUUCCCGCAUCAGGCUGCGUGCACAUCAGCCUGUCGAAAGAAACUCAUGCAGAGAUUCUAUAAUUCUGAUGAUAUGAAGAGAGAGGGUCUGAUGCACGCACUGUCACCGAAGACUGGAAAAUAAAAUAUAUAUCGGGCGAGCGAGCGAGGGUCCAGGCGUGCGUGCACCGGUCUUGCCUAACGCAAGGCUAGGUUGCGACACAAUAAAAUAGCUGGGGGAUGCACGGAGACAGCACGAAUACAGCGGUAGCAUGACGCGGGACUGAAUCGAUAUAUUUCCCCUAGAAAAACCAGUCAAGACAUUGGGUCGGCUAUCAUUUGAGUGUAAAGGUCGUCGAAUAGCCUAGGUAAUUUAUUAUCGAGAAGAUGAGUGUAAACCAGACUGGGUAUGAUGAUAUUUCUAGAGUGGAUGGUGGAACUGUGACGGGCGGCCUCAACGUCAGUGGUGCCCCGAAGCUGCAACAGUGUGCUCAGCCUCCCGCUAAUCGACCCAGGGAUGCCCGGCACCAGCAACAUAGCAGCCGGCAGCACCAGCACGGCGGUGUACCUGUCAAACCGCCUUAUUCCGGACGGUCCGAACCCGCGGACGUUGUGAAGCGCGCCAUCGACUUCAAGACGCAAGGCACACAGUGUUACAAGGAUAAGAAGUACCGGGAGGCGAUUGGCAAGUACCACCGUGCUUUAUUAGAGAUAAAGGGGUUGUGCCGGGUGCUGGGAGACCCUGAUGCCAGCUCUAAGUCUCCUUCCUCGGUGCUGCCUACCAUGACCAAGCCAGACAGCCUGACAGACGAGCAGAAAGGUGCCAUGGAGAUCGCUGAGCUGGAGUGUUACAACAGUCUGGCAGCGUGCCUGUUGCAGAUGGAGCUGGUCAACUAUGAGCGUGUGAAGGAGUAUUGUCUGAAGGUGUUGCGUAAGGAAGGGGACCACUUCAAGGCUUUGUACCGCUCUGGAGUGGCCUACUAUCACCUAGGAGACUUCCACAAGGCCCUUCACUACCUCAAGGAGUCCCACAAACAGCAGCCAGCAGACACCAAUGUUCUCCGUUACAUCCAGCUGACUGAGAUGAAGAUCCGUCGUUCUGCCCAGAGGGAGAAGAAAGAAACCACAUAAACAACCAACUAAAUCACUUUCUCUUUCAAUAACUCACUUCACGUAAAAUGUGCGCUUUCUUCAUGUGCCACUCUGACCUAGUACACCACGAGUCUUGGGCCGAGAUUCAAUCCGAAACCGCGCGUGAAAUUUUUUGGGGUAAUUUCCAAUUGAGCCGACAUCUGCAGUGCUCACCUUGAAUGCAAUAUCUGUAAAUGUGGUAACAUGACCUUUUAAAAGCUGCAUUGUACAAGCGUUCUUGGAUUGAAUCCCGACCUUGGUGUUUUAAAGGAUAUUUACAGAUAUGCUUUAGCCUUGCACAGCCACUUUUAUCCAUCUUCUUAUUCUUCCUGACAAUUAUGUGAUUCAUACCAAUGGGCGUAUUUUACUACUAUACACAAAAUAUGUCAUAUAGAGAUACAGUUCAUACAACUGAAAUGGCGCAGCUGCCGUUCGGUGAGGUGAUGGUCAACAUCUCCAAAGUUUAUGUCUAUGACUAAGUUGGUCAACACUGAGUCAGAUGGAUAAUGCGCAUCACUGCCAGUCCAAAACAUUGCACAAAGUGUAAAUAAGGCCAACAACACUUCUGAUGGUGACAGAGUAACAGAAAACACUGAAUGAAGCAUUUGGCUGUAAGUGACUGUACUGUGACUGGAUAAGUUAGGCUAGCACCUGCCCUCCCUCCUGCACACAAGAUGUGUUUCUAACACCUGGGGCCCUGUUUAUACCUGGUUCUACCAUGUGUUCUACCCCGUUUAUACCUAGUUCUACCAUGUGUUCAGAUCUUGUCGACAUUCCGAUGUUGCCCACAUUUUUAGACAGGUGUAGACAAUUAAAAUACCAUUGUUAUUGUGAUUAGAUCUUCUCCGGAGGUAGUCCGGAUCGUGUCUACACUUGACACUUACAUGCGACUUCUGCUAUCAGAAUACGAAGCUCGGAUUUACAAGACGGGUCUAGACGCACAAAAGUGGCUUUGUGGUGUGAUUGUGUUCAGAUCAGACUGACCACUUCAGGAUGGUGUUCAGAUCAGACUGACCCAUUCAGGGGAUUUCUCCAGAAAACAUGCGUUUUGGGACCAAGAGGUUUUCCUUUUCAUUAUAACUUCGGAGGAAAUUAGUUUUUAGCGUGUGAGGAACGUGUUUGCUGUCUUCAUAAAUGCCAGCUAGCUACUAAUAUAUAUAUAUAUAUAUUUUUUUUUGGGGGGGGGGGGGGGGGGGGCUAGAGUCAUACGAACCCUUUUGCAAUCCCUUUUAGCGUUGCUUGCGAGAUUCCUGGCUAGCUACAGAGGUUAGCGGGCUAGUUAGCUACUGACAUCAGUUGUUAUGUUGUUAUCAUAUUUAUGCCUAUUCCACCGUUUGGAGAAUUUGAAUAUGGCGCAGGAAAGGGGAAUCUGGACACACUAUGGACACGGUAGACACAUUUAAAUGUAGAGGUGUAGACGCAUGACGCUUUCGGAAUUCCGUGAUCAGAACUCCGUGAUCAGAAUAAUAAAGCUGCAUGAACUGUCAAGUUUAGAGAUGGCCUCGGACAGGCUUGGUGUCCGGAUAUCUUACAAAUGUAUAGGACCUGGAUUUUUUUUAAAUAAUUAGUUUGUUUUUUAAUUUUGACCUCUUUUUCUCCGACAAUUGGUAGUUACAGUCUUUUCCCAUCGCUGCUACUCCUGUACGGACUCGGGAGAGGCGAAGGUCGAGAGCAGUGCGUCCUCUGAAACACAACCCACAACCCCAAGCCACACUGCUUCUUGACACACUGCCCACUUAACCCGGAAGCCAGCCGCACCAAUGUGUCAGAGCAAACACCGUACACCUGGUGACCGUGUCAGUGUGCACUGCGCCCGGCCUGCCACAGGACUCGCUAGUGCGCGAUGGGACAAGGACAACGCUGGGCCAAUUGUGCACCUACCCGGGUCUGUAGUGUCACCUUAGACCACUGUGCCACUCGGGAACCCCGAGGUAUAAACGAGGCUAAGGAAUCACUUUUCCCCCAACCUCGCACUGUUAGAAACCGAGCUAACACUUGUUUUAGUUUUUAUAUUUAUAGAUUAUUUAGAUUUUAACGUCUUUGGCAAGUCACGUUAAUACACGGGUAUUGCCGUUACCUAUAAUAGAUAUAUAAAGACUAUAUUUAUAGAUUGAAUUUAACCGUGUUUACGUUGUAUGGGCACAUAUUUGCUCAAUGUCAUAACACUUAAAAAAAAAACAUGUCACAAAAUGUGAUAAAAGGCUUACUUUAUAAAAGACAAUGCUUUCUGUAUUUGUUUGAAUUGAAUAAUAGUAAAGCUAAUUGUGCUUUUGUUGUGUUUUUGUUGUUACAAGAGUAUCUUUAAGAAAACACCAACUGUUACUUUAUGAAGGACUUAUAUUCUCGAUUACAGUCAUUGUUUUUGUUUUUCACAUGCUUUAGUACCACCAAUUAGGCUCUAAAACUAUUAAAAGCACAUGCCAACCAA